AUUCGCUCUUAGCACUAUGUAUAUGAUGCAGAAAUUCGCUUCCAUUUUAUCCUUCACCUUUAGAUACGAUAUACCAUUAAUAUUCGCCGUGUAGACGGGAAAAAAAAUAAACACCUCGACGAAAAAGUAUUUACAUUCUAUUAAUAGUUUGAAUAAAAGACGGCGAAUUACUGGCCCCAUGGCAAAGUUGAGCAAUGUUGUUGGUAGUUUUAGAAAUGUUGAUAAAUGAGUUACAAUCUGAGACAGUGUGCUUGCGAUAAUGUACUGUUAUUAUAUAAUUCUCGUUAUGAAAGACCUCGAAUUGUUAGUUUUAGAAUCCUUUCUCUCACUUUCGUUAGCGAUAGUAUUUUAAGUUGGCAUGUUGGCAGUACUGGGCAAUCAGUACCAUCGAUAUAUCGACAGAAUUCAAAAAUUAACGAACCAAGCUCGAUCGAGCCGGAUCGAACAGAGAACCUGUUGCCUUGAUAUUAAAUAUCAUUUACAAUAUUAAUAAAAUGGCUGAGUUUAAAACACCGACGACAAACAGGUACAGAAGCAGAGUCCAGGAUAACGCGGAACUGCAAACGCCUAUUAAAAUACCGGCGUCACCAUUUCUCGAACAGAUAGGUUACGGAUGUGGUGUUUCUGUGUUUAGUUUGGAACGAUCACCGAAGGUUGGUUUUGCUCGAUCGCCAUGGGCAAUAAAGAAAAGGAAUUACAAAAUUCAGGAACACGAAAAGUACAAUGAACGCAUUCGACUCGAAGCAGAAAUACUUCGUAAACUAAAUCAUCCGAACAUUAUCGGUUUUCGUGGACUCACCGAAGUUGCGAACGGUGAACCAUGCUUAGCAAUGGAGAAAUUGGACACUUCUUUAGGUGACAUGAUCGAACAGAGACUUGAUGCUGGCGAAGACUCGUUUCCUGCCAAAGACAUUUUAAAAAUUGCUAACGAAAUUGUAAAAGGAUUGGAAUAUUUACAUCAUACCGCUCAUAUUUUACAUGGCGAUGUAAAAAGCCAUAAUGUGUUGCUUUCCAAAGAUUACAAAACUGUUAAACUUUGUGAUUUUGGAGUGUCUGUUCCGCUUAAGGAAUCUUUAGAAAUUGACACGUCAAAAGGAAAUUUUACGUAUGUAGGGACUGAGUGUUGGAGUGCACCUGAAAUAAUAAAUGAGGAUGGUCCAGUUACAAAUAAGGCAGAUAUUUGGGCGUACGGUCUUGUGAUUUGGGAAAUGAUUGCUUUGUCUACACCGCAUCUAGGAGAUCUAGAAAGUGAGCAUUCUUCAUUUGAUGAAUCAAUGACAGACUUAGAAACAACAAAGGAUGAUGAACACAGUCUCAAUAUGGAUGAUAGCAUUGUAUUCCUUAAGGAAAUGAUCAGUUCUAAGUAUGGUACUCGUCCUCCAUUACCAGCCAUUAACCUAGGGAAAGAAUAUGAAAAAGUACUCGAGUUAUAUUUUGCAUGCACUACUUCAGAUCACAAUCUUAGGCCAAGUGCUAAAGGUAUUUGUAAAUAUUUCGAAAAUUAUAUCUGUAAAAAGUCUAAAUGAUCCUAUUCUAUUUUACAUUUUUUUUACAAAAAAGAUUAAGGAUACUGUAUGUCAUUGUUAAUAAAAUAAAUUUUUCACUUUUAUAAAAA